CCAUCUGUCUCUACUCUGCUUUUUCUUUGUUUCCUUCCCCUUCUGCUUUGCUUGUCCUAUUGAAACACAGCUCUUUGAGACCUGGUUGUAGGUGUGGCAAAGGCACAACUUUGCUAAAGAAGAGUUUCAAAAGUUUAGCUGGACUUUCUGUUUGCUGGUAGUUAGUUUGCUGGAGGUGAGGGUGACAGAGAAGAAACCACACCAUUUGGUCAACAUGGCUCAAAGGGAUCCUUUAAAUCAUGAACUUUCCAAGUUGUUCAAUGCUCUUUGGGAUGCAGAUGUUAACCGCUUCGUGCCUGGAAAAGACUACACAGUUUCCUUACAGGGGAAAGCUGGCUUUGUUCAGCAGGGCAGUAAUGUUGCCAGAGACAGUGCGUCUGAACCCCUGUUUCACAAUGUAAAUGAGCAACGUCUGAAGAACACAGAAACCUAUUCAGCCUUUAUUUCACUGUUGGACAAUUAUGAGACAUCAACUGGCAUGGCUGAGAUGGUGACUCCAGAGGAAAGAGCAGAAAAUAACCGUUUUCUGGAUGCAGUUUUAAAAACUGAAGUUAUGAAAAUUGCUCAUCGGUAUUUAGUUGGAAAAAACUGGUCAAAUCCAGAUCUGAAGAAUUUCAAGACUCAGCUCUAUGAUAUUUGGUUUCACCUCUAUAGCAGGGAAGGAAGAAAAGGACCUGACUCCUGUGGCUUUGAGCAUGUGUUCGUUGGAGAAACUAAACAAGGGCAUGAGAUCCUGGGGUUGCAUAACUGGGUGCAGUUUUACCUCCAAGAAAAGCUUAACCACAUUGACUACAAGGGCUAUGUGGCCAGGAAAAAGAAAAGUCGGCCUGAUGAAGACGAUCAAGUUUUAAGCCUUCAGUUCAGCUGGAAGGGACUUGUAAAACCUAUGGGGAGCACCUUUAUUGGUGUUAGCCCUGAGUUUGAAUUUGCACUUUACACAGUCAUUUUUCUACAGUCAAAUGAAAGAGUUACACGGCAGAGAGUGAGAAUAGAGGAAUAUGAACUGGAGAUAGUUGUCUACCGCCACGGACAGUACAUAGGGACAGCUUAUCCAGUUCUCCUCAGCAGCAAUAACGAAGAUUUGUAUUAAAAACCUCAGAUUUAAGUUCUGAAGAGAGAAUUGCUUCAAAAUUUCCAUGUUACUCUUAACUUUUGCAUGGUUUCACUGAAUAUUAUUUAACAUAUCAUGUGUCUUUCUAUUGUUUGAAAACUUUUCUUGUGUGAGGAUACUGUAGUGAAAUAAAACAACCUAUCUAUAGUCAGUGAUGUGGGCAACUAAUGCAUAUGAAUAUAUGCUUUUCUCCUACUUCUACCAUUGUCUCUUUGGUUUUUCAGUAAAAAACUUGAUAAUCCACCAAGUCCUUAACUUUUGUGAAAUCCACCAAGUCCUUAACUUUUGUGAAAUUUCUCCAGCUUCCUUCUCUAUAUAGCCCCCUUAUUUCCUUAACUGUUUCAUAAAACACAUUAAAAAAAGUUUAUACUUUUAA